CUACAAUUUGGGUUGCGCUACAUGAACCGAUUUUUUUUCUUUCAAAAUUCUAAAAGAAAUUCCUUUGGAACGCUGACCGCUUGAAAGUAACCGAAUAAGUCAAAUAAAAAAAGUCAGAAAAACUUCAACAAGUCACUUUCACUUCACAACCUUGGCCAAAAAGGUGCAUCACUUCCUGUGAAAGCCGGGAAAACAACUGUCCGCACUUGUCAUCUGACCCUGAAAACAAAUUAAAAGUGAAACGCUGCUGCCCACAAUGACCUGUUUUCUCUCAACAAUAGGCCUGCGAGUGAGUCUCAGGCUGCUCUCUUUGAAUGGGAUGAUGAUCCCUCUGUGUCUGGCGACCUGGGAGUUCCAGGAGCUGCGGAUGAAUUCCGCACGAAGGCGCUGAGGCUCCAGUCAGACUGACGCCGCGGCUCUCGCUCGAGCCAAACACACGCGCUGUACACCUCCAGUCGGCGCGAGAUUCAGCGUUCGGCUGUUUCGCGGAAUUACCCGACUACGCGGAUCGUUUUUCAACUCGUCACGUUAAGAUAAAAACGACCGACUGCCUGACGAAAAAUCACUGUCAGGGGGUUUAUUCUAUACUCGCCUGUAUCUUGUCUGUAAAGAAAUAAACUGAGGCUCCUGGGUUGGAGUGAUUUAAAACAGAUCUGCCCCAAGCUUUGAGAAAAAUCUAGCCCCAUCACAUGAUGCACUCCACCACAUCCAUCACGUCCCUCUUCUCCUUCACCAGUCCAGCUGUGAAAAGGCUGCUGGGCUGGAAGCAAGGAGAUGAGGAGGAAAAGUGGGCGGAAAAGGCUGUGGAUUCCCUCGUAAAGAAGCUCAAGAAGAAGAAAGGGGCCAUGGAGGAACUGGAAAAGGCUCUGAGCUCUCCUGGCCAGCCCAGUAAAUGCGUUACCAUCCCUCGAUCCCUGGAUGGAAGGCUCCAGGUGUCCCAUCGUAAAGGUCUGCCGCAUGUUAUCUACUGCAGAGUGUGGCGCUGGCCGGAUCUUCAGUCCCACCAUGAGCUCAAAGCACUGGACUGCUGUGAGUUUCCUUUCGGCUCUAAACAAAAGGAGAUUUGCAUCAAUCCAUAUCAUUACCGCCGUGUGGAGACGCCAGUUCUACCUCCAGUCCUUGUGCCACGUCACAGUGAGUUCAAUCCCCAGCACAGCUUGUUGGCAAAGUUCCGGAAUGCUUCCCUACACAACGAGCCUCUCAUGCCCCAAAAUGCCACUUACCCAGACUCCUUCCCUGUGAUGCCCUGUAGCUCAUUCUCUUCAUCUCCCUCCAGCUCUUUAAACCAGUCCCCGACUGGGCAUAGCUACCCCAACUCCCCCAGCAGUGCGACCGACCCUGGGAGCCCCUACCAAAUUACAGAGACGCCUCCACCCCCCUACAGUAUGAUGGAGACCACUCCAUCUGACGAUGUGAAACCUGGAGAGUCCUCCAACACCAAUAAACUCAUUCUGUCAGCCCCACAUAGAGACUUGAGGCCAGUGUGUUAUGAGGAACCAGAAUACUGGUGUUCAGUGGCGUAUUAUGAACUAAACAACAGGGUGGGUGAGACGUUCCAUGCAUCUUCCAGGAGCAUCCUCGUGGACGGCUUCACAGACCCCUCCAACAACAAGAACCGCUUCUGCCUCGGAUUACUAUCCAACGUCAACCGAAACUCCACCAUUGAACACACUCGCAGACACAUAGGCAAAGGUUUGUUGAAAGUUUUACAUUUCUUUUUUUUUAUUUUUGUGUUUGAUUAGGUUUUUUGUAUCAGAAAAAAGACAGGAAACACAGUUGUUCUGAGAAGAUCAAGCUGCUGAUAAUGUCUUCCAUGAGUUGAUUCAAUCCCAAGAGAAAGUAAAAAAAAAAAAAAAAAAACUAAAAUCACCACUUGCUUGACACUGUUUUAUGGCACCAGAUAGUGCUGUCCAGUCAACACUGCACUUCAGAAAACCAGCGAGACAGACAGAGUCCACAUUAUCCAAAUGUUGGCUUUUCUCAGGGUGCUAGAUAAG